CACAGAUGGUGGGAUAUUAAAGGGCGAGGGCCUGGCAGUCCUGUGUGUUCAGGGUGUGGGUGCCAGUCACCACUGCUGGUGGGAGCCCCGUGUUGCUGCCCGCGGCCCCGCAUCAGUGCCUUUGCAGCAUGGAGUCCAGGUUGUGAUUUCUCCGCCUCCUGUUUACUUCCCCAUCAUUGUCCAUCUUGUCUGUCCUCCCGCUUCCUCCCACUUACCUCCCUUCCUUCUGCCCGGGCCUGGGCAGCCUGCCACUGUCACAUGCCAGGCAGUACUGUGUCCGGCCCACCAGCUCCCCUGGGGCACGAGAGAAAGCUGAUGCCCGUGGUGUCCCUAGAGCCAGCUGCCACUUCUCUGGGGCCACCGUAGCUCCUGACCUGCUGUCCGCAAAUAACCCCGGGCUGGAAAGGCAAAAGGCGCCUUGGGCUCCAUGGCCCCUGGCCAGGCCCCAGGCUCCAGGUAAGGGCCCAGCUGGCGGCUGCCUCGUCCCCUCCUCCCCUCCGCUCUGGGAACCUGAGACGAAGCAGCGGCCUCGGCGUCCGUCAGUCUGUCAGCUGCUGGUCCCUAAGGACAGAAGCGGAGGUCCUGGGAACGGGAUCAGGCCAUUAGCAGAAACCCCGGGACUGGCUCUAGGCCCCAGAUGAAUGCCUACACAACUGUGCUCUGUCCACGGCGCCUCCUGCAUGUCCUGCUGCCCUGAGCUGUCCCAAGCUAGGUGACAGCGUGUCACGCUGCCACCAUGAAUGAAGUGUCUGUCAUCAAAGAAGGCUGGCUCCACAAGCGUGGUGAAUACAUCAAGACCUGGAGGCCCCGGUACUUCCUGCUGAAGAGUGACGGCUCCUUCAUUGGGUAUAAGGAGAGGCCCGAGGCCCCUGACCAGACCUUACCCCCGUUAAACAACUUUUCUGUAGCAGAAUGCCAGCUCAUGAAGACCGAGAGGCCACGGCCCAACACCUUUGUCAUACGCUGCCUGCAGUGGACCACAGUCAUCGAGAGGACCUUCCAUGUAGACUCUCCAGACGAGAGGGAGGAGUGGAUGCGGGCCAUCCAGAUGGUCGCCAACAGCCUCAAGCAGCGGGGCCCGGGUGAGGACCCCAUGGACUACAAGUGUGGCUCCCCCAGUGACUCUUCCACGGCCGAGGAGAUGGAAGUGGCAGUCAGCAAGGCCCGGGCCAAAGUGACCAUGAAUGACUUCGACUAUCUCAAACUCCUUGGCAAGGGAACCUUUGGCAAAGUCAUCCUGGUGCGAGAGAAAGCCACUGGCCGCUACUACGCCAUGAAGAUCCUGCGGAAGGAGGUCAUCAUUGCCAAGGAUGAAGUCGCUCACACGGUCACCGAGAGCCGAGUCCUCCAGAACACCAGGCACCCGUUCCUGACUGCACUAAAGUAUGCCUUCCAGACCCACGACCGCCUGUGCUUCGUGAUGGAGUAUGCCAAUGGUGGCGAGCUGUUCUUCCACCUGUCCCGGGAGCGUGUCUUCACGGAGGAGCGGGCCCGGUUUUAUGGCGCAGAGAUUGUCUCAGCUCUUGAGUACUUGCACUCACGGGAUGUGGUGUACCGUGACAUCAAGCUGGAAAACCUCAUGCUGGACAAAGAUGGCCACAUCAAGAUCACUGACUUUGGCCUGUGCAAAGAGGGCAUCAGUGACGGGGCCACCAUGAAAACCUUCUGUGGGACCCCGGAGUACCUGGCGCCUGAGGUGCUGGAGGACAACGACUAUGGCCGGGCCGUGGACUGGUGGGGGCUGGGCGUGGUCAUGUACGAGAUGAUGUGCGGCCGCCUGCCCUUCUACAACCAGGACCACGAGCGCCUCUUUGAGCUCAUCCUCAUGGAGGAGAUUCGCUUCCCGCGCACGCUCAGUCCUGAGGCCAAGUCCCUGCUUGCUGGGCUGCUUAAGAAGGACCCUAAGCAGAGGCUUGGCGGGGGGCCCAGCGACGCCAAGGAGGUCAUGGAGCACAGGUUCUUCCUCAGCAUCAACUGGCAGGAUGUGGUACAGAAGAAGCUCCUGCCGCCCUUCAAACCUCAGGUCACAUCUGAGGUCGACACAAGGUACUUUGAUGAUGAAUUCACUGCCCAGUCUAUCACAAUCACACCCCCGGACCGCUAUGACAGCCUGGGCUCACUGGAGCUGGACCAGCGGACCCACUUCCCCCAGUUCUCCUACUCGGCCAGCAUCCGCGAGUGAGCAGCCCUGCCGCCGCCACAGGACGCACGCAUGGCUGCCAUCUGCUGCCCGGGUGGCUUUUUUUUAACUUUUCAUUUUGCCUUAUUGGUUUGUGUCCCUGUCCCUCGCCUCCUUGCCCCCAUUUCCAGUUUCUCUUCAGUCCUCUCCCAAACUCACCUGAGCGGUCCCAGCAGCCCUUGCCUCCAGCCUCACCUUUGCGCCCAGACUAGCAAUGGGAGACCCCCCACCUCCUGCCCAGGACCGGGCUGGCUGUUGGGUGGACGGAGAGAUUCAGGUUUUUAAUCAACACAAGCCCCAGCAAGGGGCAAAGCAUGAAGUGUGGCGCCGUGGGGCCUGCCUGCAUUUCUGGCCAGAGCGCCACGCGGGCAGCCUGCCCACACGCUGCUGCUUCCGGAUGGAGCCGCCCGACGCCAUUCGACGCCCAGCGGACAGUGGUGCUGCCUUCCGUGCCCUGUCGUCUAGGCUCGGAGUGGCCUGGCUCCGGGCGGUGCAACCCCCCAGUCCCCCCAUGGGGGCAGAAAAGCAAUAAUGUCCAGGGACAGGCAGGGGGCCUUGGAAGCCAUGGGAUCUGGGGGUUAGAGCUCCCUUGUGAAUGGAGCCAGGUCCUUGGAUCUGCAUCGUGGGGAACCAGGAGGGACCCAGGGGGGUGGGCAUUGCUCCCCCUUCCCCCAAGCUGCUCUCCUGACCCUGUGGAUGAGGCAGGAGGGAGGCUGGCCUGCCCACCCCUCAGUCCCGUGCCUUACCAGGGCUUCCAGCUGGCCUCACCUCCCGCUGGACCCCAGCCUGGCCCAGCCCCACUGGAGCACGUGGCCUGGGAUCGUCCCCUUCUCUCUGCCUGGGGGCGGAGGGGCACCAUCCCUGGCUGUUACACAUCUCGCACCGAGACAGUAUUGGGCCCCGUGGACUGGGGUGGGGGUGGACGUCUCUGGUACGUGUUGAGUGGGGGGCCUCCAAGAAGGGAGGCUCCUAGGCCACCUCACCCCCUCCUCCCUCCAGGGCCCCACAUUCUGCAGCCUUAAGGUGAACAUGAGCGCAAGUCCGUGUCAGUGCUGUGGAUACACGUGUACCUGCCUCGGACUGUGUGUCAGUGGGACACAGAGGCACUUGGGUGUGUGUGUGUGCGUUGGGUGUGUGUGUGUGCGAGGGCUGCGUGUCCUCAAGUGUGCAUGGUGUGUGUGGGCUCGGGCCCCCACCCCCUGCCCGAGCAUUUCAUCCCAUGGGGGGAGGGGUGCGGACCCUGUGGGAGGAGCCCCACCUGGGAGCCCCCGGCUGCCUGCCCCUCCCUUCUCCCCAACAUCUCUGGGUGUCUGGAAUUUAGUUUCUGUGGUUUUGCCCUCCCCACCCCACCUCCUGAACUGGGCAGUUCACAGAAAGGCAUCAUGGGGUGGGGUGGCGGGUUGGUGUGGGGGGGUGGGGGGGUCUUUUUUCCUUUUUGUGUGUGUAUGUUGUUUACCUGACGGUUCUCCCUCAUCCCCACUGGCCUUUCCUUGUCCUUCAUAUUUGUACGGUACAAGCAAUAAAGACACUCGUUUCAGACCAGGGCCCAGCCUGCACUUGUGCUGGCCCCUCCCUGGGCACCAGCUCCUUCCUGCCCCUGUGCUCCCUUCACAGGUCCCUGGCCAACCAGGAGGUGGGGACACGUGGGGGCACAAGGAGGUGGGAACGAGCUCAGGACUAGGGCAGCUGGGGGUGGGCGUGUGCACCAGGCCAGGCUGGAGGGGGCAGGAGGGUGGAACUGGGGAUGGCAUCGGGGCAGCUGCGGGGCUGGGGAGGCUCCCGGUGCCUGGGGUUGGGUAUGGCGGACGGAGACCUUUCUCAGCCUUCAGAUGCUACUUAGGCUAAAAGAGGCGGGUGAAAGGACGGGGUGGGAGGCUCGAGUGGCUCAGAACAAGGAGGGUGCGUGUGGUGGUGCUGAGUCCUGGAGCUGAGUGUGAGGCGGAGUGGUUCAUGUCACACGGCCACCAGGCCCUGCAGUGGGGCAUUGCCCUUCUCCAUGUUUACACGGUAACUGAGAAGGCUCCCGAAUUCCAGGACAAAGUUGGGGUGUUAGUGGUGUUCACAGUUGCUGUCAGCUGGGGACACCCGAGCCCACCCUCAGCUCUGGGAACUGACCCUCUGACGGCAGCCCCUCUUUCCUGGCUGCGUGCUGGGCCCCUGCCGCGCCCCUGCGUGGGUCCUGAGGCCGAGUGGGAGGCGGAGGCCGAGCGGGAAUCCUUCCGUCUCCAGACCCAGGCCUCGGAGCUGCUCCCCGCUGCGCGGAGGGCCUGGCACAGGUGAAUUUAAUUUCAGAUUUUGCCAUAAGAUACUAGGGCUUCACAACCAUUGAGUCUGAGAUUUUAAGUGAGUUUACAGCAGAAAAGUCAGAUCUAACUGAGAAAAGUCAGCUAUGGCUAAGACUCCUUGUGUUUUUGUUGUUUUGUUUCUUUCCAAGUUCAUAUGGAUUUUAUUAUUAAUUUAAUUACAAAAGCCUGCCCCAGUGGUCAUAAAAUAAACAGAAAAGCCUUUACUCUUCCCUCUAGUCCCAGCCCUCUGAUAUGCCCAGUGUGAAGUUUCUUCUCACAUUGCAGUGACUCAGAUUUCCCAGGGUGGGCACAUUCCUGGCUACCUCAUUCUUCUAGGGGGGCUGUCUCGUAUUCCACGGGGAUGGGGGCCCGCGAUUUAACCAGCUGCUCCCCUUCAUUGAACAUAGGAGGGCUGUCUGGAAAGUGUCUAGCCAGUGUUAAUACAUAUUAUUUCAUAUUACAUGGCUGGAUACCUUCCAGGCGGCCCUCGUAUGUCCUUAGAUGUGCUGGUGCUUGCUUCUGUAGUUGUCCCAAAGAGGGAGUUAGAAGUGAAAAGAGUUUUAAUAAAAUUUUACCAAUUACAUUUUGAGUGGAUAAUCACUUCUGCAAUGUGCAUUUUAAGAAUUUCACAAGUUGGUGUAAUAAUGUAUACAUCCUGUGCCAUUUAAAAGAAACACAAAACAGAAGAGUACAGGGAAAUCAAAAUGACUCCAGAUUCCAGGGCUGUGAGUGCUCGUUUUGGUACCCACGUUACCUCUCUGUGCAAAUGGACACAGUGUCAUAAACAGGUUGUUCCCUGCUCUUCUCCCCUGCAUGACCCUUUCCUCCUAUUUAAUGCCAACCCCUGGGGUCUGUCCUGCCACAUCACACCCACGCGCCUGCCAGCAUACGUGUGUUAAUAGGACGUGUUGGGUGGUUGCUUAAGGUUCUCUCUCAGCUGCUCUGCGUUUGGGGAGCGAGCGAUUUCCAGUUGCUUCCCAGGGUUCCUUGGGAUGGAUGCCCCUCAGCUGAUCCAGCUGCCCCUGUUGACAGAAAUUUACUUGGUUUCAUUCUUUUGCUGCAACCAACAUGCUGUAAUAAACCUUAAUGACCCAUCA